AUGCUGCACAACGACCCAUUCACAUGGACACCAACUGCGGAAACAGCUUAUAAGGAAAUAAAAGAUUUCUUGAUUUCACCGCAGGUUUUGAUAGCGUAUGAUCCAAAACUUCCGUUAUUACUAGCGACAGACGCCAGUAAAGUAGGAUUGGGCGCAGUCUUAUCACAUCGCCUCAACAAUGGAGAGGACCGACCAAUUGCCUACGCAAGUCGCACGCUCAGCAGCACAGAACAAAAAUAUCCGCAGAUUGACAAAGAAGCAUUAGCCAUAGUCUGGACUAUACGCAAAUUUUUCCACUAUCUUUAUGCACGACAUUUUAUAUUAAUCACGGACCAUAAACCACUGACACAAAUCCUGCACCCGGAAAAAUCGCUUCCAGUAUUGUGUAUCAGUCGGAUGGCAAACUACGCAGACUAUUUAUCACAUUUCAAUUACAAUAUUGAAUUCAGAAUAACGAAGGAGAAUGUAAACGCUGACUACUGCUCCAGAGCACCAGUUUCUAUACAGAGGAAAUUAACGAACAAAGAAGAAGGAGAAGAAGCAGAGCAAUUCGAUGACUUUGAUUAUUUCAUUUUGAACCAAGUAAGACAACUUCCAAUCCGAGCAGAGCAGAUAUCACGCGAAACACGGAAGGACCCGCAUCUUGGGAAAAUUGUGCAAGCUCUACAAUCAGGCCAUAACCUCACAAGCGCAGGAUACAAAGCCCCAGAGGCAAAUUAUACACUGGCCGCCAAUUGCCUAUUGUUCGAACAUAGAGUAGUGGUGCCAUCCUCACUUCGUCAACCGAUCCUAGAGGACCUACACGCAGCCCACCUGGGCAUUGUAAAAAUGAAGGGAAUGGCACGUUCAUUCGUUUACUGGCCCGGUAUCGAUGCAGAUAUCGAGCGAGUGGCAAAAGCAUGUACUCAGUGCGCCGAACAUGCACGGGCUCCUCCUCAGAUGCGAAACCACCAUUGGGAAUAUCCAAGAGGACCCUGGGAGCGUAUUCACGUCGAUUACGCAGGACCGGUAGCAGGAGUCAUGUUACUCAUAAUCGUUGAUGCGUACAGUAAAUGGAUGGAAGUUAAACCGACGAAUUCCACCACGAGCACAGCAACAAUAGCGAUCCUUGAUGAGCUGUUCACAGCAUAUGGGGCCCCCAUCACAAUAGUGUCGGAUAACGGUACCCCAUUUACAUCAGCCGAGUUCCAGAAGUUUCUCCAAAUGAGCGGAGUUAAAUAUCACAAGCGGAUAGCCCCAUAUCACCCGUCAACAAAUGGACAGGCUGAACGUUAUGUCCAGACGACGAAGGAUAAACUAAAAAGAAUGGCAACCACUCCAAGCACCAUUCGACAAGAUUUGAAUGAAUUCCUUCGACAGUAUCGGAAGGCCCCUCAUUCCACUACGGGGCAAUCUCCGGCCCAGCUGUUUCUAGGAAGGAAUCUGCGCACCCGCCUAGACCUUGUUCGACCGCAAGACACACACGAGAGAAUUUUAGAAAAACAACAAGUGGAGUUCAAACCGCCUUCGCGAAACCUCCAUUACGAGAUUGAUUACCAGGGGAAACGGUUCAAGCGUCAUCUUGACCAAAUACGUGCCUUCCAAGGGCCAGACCUGCAAGCUGAUUUAGAUCCCCCGCCGACUCCGGAAAAAGUACCGGAACAACCCCGACGUAUUCGAUUCUACGAGACAGAACCAGGGCCGCGCAAUGAACCCCCAGCACCCAGAGAAGUACCACCGCCACAUCAUCCUCCAGAGGUUCCAACGCCUCCUGCGACACCACCCGGACAUCAUCCGCCAGGGCAGGCCAGAGUUGAAAUACCGCGACGAUCUACACGCCAACGACGACAGCCCCAGCGCUACACCCCACCAGUCAAUCCAGGUGGUGGUAUAACAACCAAUGGUGUUCGUGAAUUUCGUGAUAUUCCUGCCCAGACCAUUACGGAACCUCCAUAA